AAUGAAUAGUGGCAAGUGGGUUAUUCUCUCCUUGUUGUUGCUCGCAUUGUUGGCAUGUUGCGUUUCUUUCGCAUCUGCUGAACAAGCCGAAACUCAAGCCGUCAAAUCAUCAUCAAUUGUAAAGAAGACUUCAACUACCAACAAGAAGGCUACAAAGCCAAAGAAGACUUGGAAGAAGGCUAAGAAAUCAAAGAAAUGUGCUAAACUUGCCAAGAGAGUCAAGAAACUCAGAUCAAAGGUUCGCAAAUUGAAACUCAAAUUAAAGAAGAAAUGUAAAAAGUCAAAGAAGUCUGCCAAGAAAUCAAAGAAGGCUAAGAGAGUUAGAAAGUUGAAGAGAUGUGCCAAGAAGGCUAAAUCUUUGAAGAAGAGAAAGGCAUGCAAGAGGGCUUUGAAAAGAGUCAGAAAACUCAGAAAAUUGAGAAGAUGUGCCAAGAAAUCAAAGAAUUUGAAGAAGAGAAAGGCUUGCAAGAAGGCAUUGAAGAAACUCAGAAAGCUCAGAAAAUUGAGAAGAUGUGCCAAGAAAUCAAAGAAUUUGAAGAAGAAGAAGGCUUGUAAGAAGGCAUUGAAGAGAAUUAGAAAGCUCAGAAAGUUGAAGAGAUGCGCAAAGAAGGCUAAAUCCUUGAAGAAGAGAAAUGCCUCUGCACAACAAGCUGAAACUCAAUCUGUCCAAACAACAGCAACAGCCAGAAAAUCUUCUUCUAGUAAGAAAUCAAGCAGCAAGAAAUCAACAAGUAGCACAACCAAGAAAUCUGGUAAGAAAUCUGGUAAGAAGACCAAUUCUUCUGCUAAGAAAUCAUCAAAGAAGAAAACAACUCCAAAGAAGAAGAAUUCUUCUACCAAGAAGACAAGUAAGAAGAAGGCUAAAAAGUCAAAGAAGGCUUCGAAAUGUGCCAAACUCAGAAGAUCACUCAGAAAGACUAUUCUUGCUGUGAAGAAACUCAAGAAGACAGCCACCACUAGUAAUGCUGCUGCUAAAAAGAAUGCUUUGAAGAAUAUUAAGAAGCUCAGAGCCAAAAUUGUCAAGUUGAAGGCUUCACUGAAGAAAUUGAAAUGUAAGACUAAAAAGAUUGCCAAGAAAUAA